GACGCGGGCUUUCCUGAUUGGUGAAGAGUGCGUUCGGGCCGGCUCGGGGGUCCGGCUCCUGCUGGAAGAGAGUUCGCAAAGAGAGUUCAUCGUGACUACCAAACUGCUGUCUCCAUACAUGAAGAAAAGAAUGCUAAUAGCAGCUACCGACAGAGCAUGCUUAUUUAAUUGACAAAACUAGGGUGGAAGAACCACCUUUACUAGGUUGCAAUGCCUCACGUCGUCUGCUUUUGGUCCUCCAUUGUGACAAAGCUGAAUUUGGUGGUCUUGCUGCUUUUUAUAACGAGUUUCUCUUUGUGCUUGAAUGACAGAGUUGCAGAAUUUGCUUUGACAAAAAAAGAAGAGAGUGAUUUAAAAAAACAAAACAAGGAAGAAUUGGAGGUGAUUGAGGAGAAAGAAGAGGACUUUGAUUCCGAAGACUUGGAAGUGUUUUAUCCAACAAAUCAGUGGCAGACUGUCCGGCCAGGUCAAGCUAUUCCUGCAGGAUUACAUGUACAAUUAAAUCUUCAGACUGGAGAAAAAUUAGCCAAGCUUCCAGAUGACAACGAAGAAAAAAGUGACACAAAAGAUUCUCCAAAAAGUAAAAGGCUAGGCCAAAUAGAUAUUGACCCAAGUUCAUUCACAACGCAAGAACUCAAAAGGGCCUUGGCUAAAAUGAAAGAAACCACAAAGGCAGACGAUACAUCAGAAGAAAAGGCUCAUCGGGAAGAAGUCCGACGUAGAUUCCGUCCCAUCGAAAAGCUAAAGGAAGAAUUCAGGGAGCUGAAUCUGCAGCUGGAAACUGACCUUGAAAUUAUGCUGAAACUCAUCAACAAAUUCAACAAUUCAGAUUCAACGCUUGAGGAGAAAAUUACAGCACUUUUAGAUCUUGAGUACUAUGUCCACCAGGUGGAUAAUGCAAAAGAUUUGCUUUCCCUUGGUGGUCUGCAACUUUUGAUUAAUGGGCUAAACAGCAGUGAACCACUGAUGAAGGAAUAUGCCUCUUUUGUAUUGGGAGCUGCACUGUCCAGCAACCCCAGAGUGCAAGUUGCAGCGAUUCAAGGAGGUGCUUUACAAAAAUUGCUGGUUAUUUUGGCUACAGAUCAAUCCUUGGCAGUAAAGAAAAAGGCUCUUUUUGCUUUAUCAUCGAUGCUGAGGCACUUUCCAUACGCCCAGCAACAAUUUCUCAAACUUGGAGGCCUUCAAGUACUCAGGAAUCUUUGCACAGAGAAAGGAAUGGACAUACUGUACAUCCGCACUGUGACCCUUCUCUACGACUUAGUAGUAGAAAAGCAAUUGCUCAAGAACGGUGGCAACAAGGGUGAAGCCCCUGAGAGAACUCAGCAGUACGGUCAAGUGAACUUGAUGCCAGCCCUUGUGGAGCAAGGCUGGUGCACAAUCAUUUCGAACCUCCUGGGGAUGCCGGAGCACGACAGCCGGGAGAAGGUCCUCAAGACGGUGCACGUCCUGCUCACCUUCUGUAAGGACACUUACGCUGGGGACCCAACUCUCAGCCAGGUCCUCAGCCUCUUGCGCCAGGAAUAUGAAGAGCUGGCCGAGGAAGAGCGAAAGGAAGGGGACGAAGAUGGCUACUUCAAGGAACUCCUGCACUCUGUAAAUAGCAUUGCCCAACAAUUAAAGUAAAGGGGAUGGUAGCCUAGCGUGUCAAAGAACCUCUGUGGGAUUUGGAAAGAGUUAUUAUGAAUAAAUCUAUUCUACUAA